UUAUUGGUGGAGGCAGGGGCGGAUAUUAAUCUACAAGAUUUUAAUGGGACAACGCCCAUCCAACUGGCUGCUGAAUGUGGUACGCAUACGAUAGAUCAAUUUACUUCAGUAGGCAUUGUUAAGAAGAUGAUAGAGACUGGGGCUGAUAUUCACAAAUGUAAUAAUCUGUUGUGUAGAGCAAUCAGUGGUGGACAUUAUAAGGCCGCUUCAUUACUUAUUGAACACAGCAUCGAUGUUAAUACAGUGGACGAAAAUGGCGAUGAUCCCCUUGCUCUUGCCUCCGAAAAAGGUAAAUUAGAACUAGUGACAUUGUUGACAUCAACAGAUUGUGAUAUAAAUCACCAGAAUCUAAAAGGAGAAACGGCGUUGCACAAAGCUAUACAAGUGUCAAGAUAUUCUGCUAAUUAUGAAGACAAGGAGAAAAUAAUAAAAAUGUUACUACAGAAUGGGAUGAACGUCAAUCUUAGUGACGUCGAUGGACUAACGGCCUUGUUCAUAGCAGUAGGUAAUAGAGAAAGAUCUAUUACCGAAGAAUUAUUGAAGGCUGGUGCUGAUGUAAACCACUGUGAUAACAGAGGAACAACCCCAAUGAUGAUCGCAGUUAAAAAUAAGGAUAAUGUUAUAGCAAAUAUUGUACUACAAGCUGGUGCCGAUCUGAAACCGAAAGAUGUAUUGGGUAGAAAUGCGCUAUACCUUGCAGUACUCUUGAAAGUUUCACUGGAUUUAGAUGUUUUACUUAAAUAUUCAAAUUUGAGAAGUGAAGCAGAUAACGCCACAGAUGAGGAAGGCAAAACAUCUUUAAUGGCGACAGCAGAAAGAGGACCUAAACCUAUGGUAGAAACACUACUCAAUGUUGGUUGUAAUAUCAACCUACAAGAUCAUUGUGGUAAGACGGCAUUGAUGUUUGCUGUUGACAACCAGGAUGAAACUAUUUUAUCACUUCUACUACAGAAUGGUGCAGACUAUAAUAUUUGUGAUGCCGAUGGCAGAACAGCGUUGCUGUUGGCAGCAGAAAGAGGACCUAAAGACAUAGUAGAAAAACUACUCAUUGCUGGCUGUAAUAUCAACUUACAAGACCAUCGUGGUAAGACGGCGUUGAUGUUUGCUGUAGACAACCAGCAUGAAACUAUUUUAUCACUUCUAUUACAGAAUGGUACAGACUAUAAUAUUUGUGAUAACAAUGGCCAAACAGCGCUGAUAGUGGCAGUACAGAAACAAAAAGAAAUUCAUUGUGAGGAUUUACUGAAAGCUGGGGCUGAUGUUAAUUUGAGUGAUAACGAUGGAAAUACAACUUUGUUGAUUGCAGUCCGGUUGAAUAACAGGAAGAUUGUAAAUGGUUUACUGAAAGCUGGAGCCGAUGUUAAUCUGAGUGAUGAUAAUGGAAAGACGGCUUUGAUGGCAGCGGCACGGAACCAUAACAGAUCUUUUUUAGAAUGUUUACUUAAUGCUGGAAGAUCUCAUAUGGUAUCUCGUUACAGAAAAUUGUUCUCUCAGAGGUUUGGAUCUUUCAAAUGUCAAAGAUAAAUUUCACUUUUCCGAUAUCUUGAGGCUUUCUAAAAAAUAUUUUGAAAGCGGUGCACCGAAGAGUGAAAUAGAGAAAAUGAUUUCGAUGUCGUCGGUCUUAAAUACUGGAGAAUCUGAAGAUAAACAACAGCUUGGUAAUUUCCGCGAUUUCUGUAAAUCAAGAAGUUUGAAGUCAAGAUGUAGAAGAGAAAUCAGAAACUGUAUCGGAUCAGGAAUCAGCAGUAAAAUAACACAAGUUGGUUUACCACAACGUCUACAAGAUUAUGUCGUCAUGAAAGACCUGAUACCCGAGAAAUACUUUACUCUUGUAAUAAACGAUAAAGAUGACGACACAAGGACCGAUAAUACUACGUCGCCAGUGUCUGUAUUCACGACUUCCAACUUUCUUCCCAUUUAUGGCAAUUAUGAAUCAAAUUACAAUUAUUUUUAUGAUCCUUCUGACCGAAGACUUUAUGACCGUAACUUUGAGCAGAUCUAACAUAUUAGAUCAGGUUUUCCAGUGUAGGAUCUACAGUAAUUCUUUUUAUCAUUAUCUUAGAUCAGGUUAUCCAGUCUGUGUGCUAAGUAACUCAUGAUUUAGUUAGAUGUUGCUUCUCAAUUAAGAAGAUUAUGUUAGAAAUGUGUGCCGUUAUUUUGUAUUUGAAAGGAAACUGUGUUUGACAUAUUACCGCUGUUUUACUUUAAGUAAAUCAACAUGCCCUUUAAAUAAAGUCUAAAGGCAGCUACUAUCCUACGGUGAUAAUACUGCUCACAUUAAUUUAAUGGGUGAUAGUUUCGUACAGUGUUUAAGGCGUUGAAAGCUGAAAUUCGCUGAAGAGUUGGCUGAAACGUCACUGUACGGACAAUAUUUCUCUUAUUAAUCCAUAUAUAACCGCACAAAAUCCAUUAGAAGCUUAGCUUUAUGAAAGGCAAAGAAUCACGCCCCCCCCCCCCGAGCCAGCAAUCUUUUAAUAAUUCGAAAUCUACUUUGUUUAAACCAUUUUUUUAAAAUUGCAUGUCCUUGUAAGAACUGCCUGGAUUCAUUUCUUGUGGGACCCACAAAACUCCAGUUACGUGAAGUAAUGGAACAAUCCUUUAUUCUACAAUCCUGUGUUCAGCUCAAAUACAAACAAGGCUACCUUCGUUUUACAAUAUGUCAGGAUAAAUUACCUGGGUUAGUUUU